GAUGGCCGGGCAUGGCGCUAAAAACUGAAAUCGUGAUCAAAGAGCGUGACGUGUAAAAGAACGAUCUCGUGUCGCUUCAAAGAUCUCGCUUGACGUCACCAAAGAACGAUCUUUGAUCUUAGAUGUCAAAUCAAAGUAUAAAACAAUCCGUGAGUGACAUCCCGUCAGAUGCUGCAGUGGAGUCAAGUGCACAAGACUCAACUGAGGACACCAUCUGGACGAAAGACUUAGACAAUGGAACAUCUUGCAUCUGAAAUUCUUGCAAACAUCGAAAGGCUGGGAGGUGGGUAUCUCGAUCGGCUCCCGAGGAAACGAAACUGACCGGAGGUAUGGCGAGUAACAUGGUCAGUUUUGGAGCUGAAUUCGAGGACGAUGCACAAUGGAGCAGGUUGUUAUGCUGCAACUCAACCAGAGCACUUAAUGGAGCAUCCGCUGGGUUUACCAGAUUUGGAUAUGGUGAGCGACGGUUCCAAGAUGACUGUACCCAACACGCUGGAAGUCCAAAUGGGCAUCUUUCCAGCCACAUCAGACAUCCUCAAGGUCAACGAGGAAAGAAAAAAGGCUGCAAGCAGGGAAAUGUUCAUUUUGGCUGAGCUGAUCGAAACGGAAAAGGCUUACGUGCGAGAGCAUUGAUACUUGCAUGAAGGAGAUGUUGACCCAAGAGAAGACGAUUCCUGCAGGGCUAACCAACUUGGAGCACGUCAUCUUCGGGAACUUGCUGGAGCUGUAUGAAUUCCAUCAUGAGAUCUUUCUCAAGGAACUGGAAAAACAUGCAAACGUCCCUGAAGAUGUCGGGCAUUGCUUUGUCAAAUGGGCUGAAAAGUUCCAGUUAUAUGUGGACUACUGCAAGAACAGUGACAAGUCCACUCGGCUCAUCAUGGAGCAUACUGUCAACUAUUCUAAUAAAAUUCAGCAGAAGCACGGACUGGCAUUCUCGGUAGAAUCUUUCCUAAUUGAACCAGUACAGAGAAUUACAAGAUAUCCGCUCUUGUUAAAGAAUCUCCUCGAGUCCGGUGAAGAUCGGAAAGGAGUACUCAAGGAAGCCCUGGAGUUGACUAUCAGCAUUCCUAAGAGAGCCAAUGAUGCCAUUCAUUUCUCUAUGCUGGAAGGUUUUAAUGAGAGCGUUGAAUCCCGACGUGAGCUACUCGUACAGGACUCAUUCAAAAUGUGGGAUUCAAAAUUACCAUUUUGCAGGGGGAAGAAUAGACACCUCUUUCUCCUGAAAAAGUCCUUGGUGGUCUGCAAGGAGGUCAAGGAUCCCAAAGGCAUGACAAAAUACAUAUUUAAGAGAAAACUCAACAUAGCUGAGAUGAAGCUGACAGAACACCGUAAGGGAGAUCCUGGCAAGUUUGUUCUUGGAGUGGGGCACACCUGGAUGUCCAGCAAAGGAAUUGUUCUUAAGGCGUCAACUAUUCAAACCAAGCUGGACUGGAUCGAGCAUAUCCAGAAGCUAAACAAGGAGCACACCGUCCACCUGAUGGGAUCACUCAAAGAGCCAAUCAGUAUUCCUAAAGCCAUCACAGCAAAGCUCCAAAGGUGAAGGGUGGAAAAUUCAGUGGCUUCAAGGAUUCCAUUAAAGUGGCUCAGCGUCUGUUUUUUGAGACAUUUGUUCAUAUGUUUUCUUGUAAAUAUUGUAUAUAGUUAUCUAUUUGAUCAAAUAAAAUGUCAUUGUUCUUUAAACAGAUUGUUUUAGUCCUUCUAUAUAAAAAUAAAUAUUUGAAUGAACUUUUUCAUCCGGCAGUUACAUACUACAUUUCUGCUAUUCUGACAAAUGUUUACACACACCAAGAAGGAACAAAAAAAUAAUUGCUCUGUAUCCUUUUCAUUAUCCCUGUUUCCUCGAGAAACUCAAUUAACUGUCUCUGAAUUUUGGUUGUUUUUACCUUUAGAAUAUU